CAGCCAUUUUGAUUCUGAACCGCAGAGCUGGAGAGAACCCGUCUGGAAAAGAUCCAGAGAGUGAUGUGGGACCAGGGAGGACAGCCCUGGCCGCAGUGGCCUCUGAGCCAGCAGCAAUGGAUGCAGACUUUCCAGCACCAGCAAGAUCCAGGUCAAGUGGACUGGGCUGCCCUGGCACAAGCAUGGAUUGCCCAAAAAGAUUCGACAGGGCCAGAGCCGAAAAACAUUCAACCCAAUGGCCAGGACAUCCCUGGCCUUGAAUCAGUUGGACCAGGCAACCAUGGCGCCUUCCAGGGUGACCCAGCAUUUGGCCGAAUGUGGCAGCCAGAAUGGGGAUUGCAUGGCCAGCCGCCGCCGCCGCCUCCGCCUCCACCACCGCCCCCCGAACAGGCCUGGAUCCCUCCAGGGUCAGGACCGAUGGAUGUGGUGAACCCCAGCGAGGACAGCAACAGCCAGGACAGCGUGGAGUUCAACGCUGAAGCCCACCACGGGGUUUACCCCCAGAACAGCCAUGGGUAUGGGGCACAGCCCGACAGCUACGCCAUGGCCCCCAUGGCCAUGAACCAGUUUGAUUAUCAGCAUGGAGCCGCCUCGUCCUUUGCCCCCACACCCACGGGCUUCCACCCCCCCUACUGGCAGGGUCCUCCACAGACCAGACGAGAUACCAGGCCACCCGGCUUCAGAGACCGUGCCAGAUCUCCCAUCCAGCUCCCUGUCAAACCGGAGGCCCCAGCACUGCUAGCCACGUGUGGUCAGUGGAGCGGCUUUGAGCAAGGCAGCGAAGGGGAAAAACGCUUAGAGGCCUUGGAUGCAGUAAAAAGACGCACACUACCUGCAUGGAUCCGAGAGGGCCUCGAAAAGAUGGACCGAGAGAAGCAGAAGAAGCUGGAGCAAGAGCGAAUGGAGAAGGAGAGUUCGAAAGUGGCAAAAGUCGAUCACAAAGAGCAUGAGCCAGAAGAGGAAGGCGACGGGCCACGUCUUCCCCGCAAGAGCAAAUUUGACAGUGACGAUGAGGCGAAUGAUGACGAUGACGAAAAGGUCUCCAUCAAGAAAGAGUCUUCUGGCCGGAGCCCAUCGCCUCCUGCAGAGGACAGUGAGCCUGAGAUGACGGAGGAGGAAAAGGAGUUCCAGCUGAUGAUCAUCACAAAAACCCUUCUGACGGAGAUCCUGCUUGAGGUCACCAAUGAAGAGAUCCAGCAUGUGGCCAAAGAGACUCACCGCAAAGCCACUCGAGCUCCUGCAAAACAGCUGGCACAGUCAAGUGCACUGGCUUCUCUGACUGGUCUCAGUGGGCUUGGUGACUACGGUUCCGAUGAGAGCGAGGAUGAGGACGAGCGGAGCGCGCAAGGCUCCGAAUCCUCCGACACCGACGAGGAAGAGUUGCGCCACCGCAUCCGAGAGAAGCAGGACGCCUUCCGUCGCAAAGAGCGGGAGACGCAGCAGCUGCAAGAAAAACAAGCACAGGAGGCUCUGCUUGCACGUGAAGAGAUGGCGAAGGAGAGAUUGAGCAGAGAAAAGGGGGAUUAUGAUGAGGGCCAGCCAGAGAAUCCACACAAACAGGAAGUAAAGGAGAGGGAGGCGGAGCCCUCGGUAGAGAGGCGUAGGUCCCGUAGUGAGAAGGAAGGCAGCGAGAGCAAGCACUCGGGCAGAGGGAAGGAGCGGUCACGGCGAGGCGCCAGCAGUUCCCCAGCCAACGGUCACAGCAGCAGCUCCCGCUCCACGUCCAGCCACAGCAGCCGGCGUUCUUCCUCCUCCUCGUCUUCCUCUUCCUCCACGUCGUCCCGCAGUUCAUCGCGGUCCUCCUCCCCACAGAGGAAACGGAGGCGCAGCCGCUCCUCCUCCCACAAGGCUCGUAAGCGCAGCCGCAGCCACAGCAGCUCCCACAGGCAUCGCAGUGAGAAGGUCAGGGACAGGAGGAGGAGCAGCGCUGAGAGAUCAGGGCGCCACAAGAAGGAGCGCAGUGAUUCCAGGGAGCGCCGGAGCCGCAGGAGUAGAUCCAGAUCCAGAGAGCGAGAUCGAGCCAGGGCCCGGGCCAGAGAAAGCCGCAGCCGAGAGAGAGAGAAGGAAAAGGAGAAAGAGAAGGAAAGGAAAAGGAGCCGCGAUGGCCGAGAUAGCAGUCGCAGUCGUAGCAGCAAACGCAAGCAGAAGGCCUCCAGCAAAGACAGAGAGAGGGUGAGGGAGAGGAGUCACAGCCAUGAUAAAGACAAGAAGAAGAGGGAGAAAGAGUCUGAUAAAAAGAGAGAAAAGCCAAAGGCCAAGGAGAAGGAGAAAGGAAGCUCUGUAGUUACCGAGGAGAAUGGCAAAUUGAAGAAGAGGAAAGAGAGUGACUCGUGCGCGGACUCUCAGAGUGACAAGCACUCUCGGCAGGAGAGCAAAUCCAGCAAAAAGGGCUCCGCCAAAGCUAGCAAGAAGCGCUCCGACUCCGACUCCAGUAGGUCCCCGAGCCCGGAGGUUAGCAAGGAAAAGAAAUCUAAAAAAUCCAAACGUAGUCGCUCAAGGUCGACGGAAAAAUGUCACAAGUCUGGUAAGAAGGCAAGCCGCAAACACAAGUCUAAGUCGCGAUCAAGGUCGACGUCCCCCUCCCGUCGUAGCAGACGCUGAGGAGCACAGUUAACCUCCUGAUCUGUGCACUUUACCAUUUUAAAUUCCAUGAGUUGAACAGGCUUGUCUCAUUAUAGAGGCAGUUGUGUAGGUGAACCCCCCUCGUACAUCUUUCAUCUUUGUAAAUAUAUUGUUAUUUUUAAAGUGUGACUGAAGAACAAGACUCUUUGACUGGUAGGAGUUUUCACUUGUAUCAUUAUGCAAAGAGUUAUCCUCACGUGCCCAUGUGGACACUAAAAAAAAUGUAAGAACACUCGAGUUGUACCAUUUUAAACCAUAAUAGAAUUAACUUUUUUUUCUUCCUCCAAACAUUAUUGUAAGAUGUUCAAUAAAACUGUUUGUUCAUUG